CUCCCCAGCUGGUUUGAUGCAGAACGGAGGAGAAGUCCCCGCACCGCCCCCGCCGCUCCAGCUGUUCCCACCGCUGUCCGCCUGCCGCCUCCCCCGCUGCCCCCUCAUUUCUCCCAAUGCAGCAACGACCAUGACAGGCAUCGCCGCUGCUUCUUUCUUCUCCAACGCUUGCAGGUUCGGGGGCUGCGGACUCCACUUCGACUCGCUGGCCGAGCUCAUCGUGCACAUCGAGGACAACCACAUCGACACAGACCCCCGACUUCUGGAGAAGCAGGAGCAGCAGCAGCCAACAUAUGUGGCGCUCAGCUACAUCAACAGGUUCAUGACGGAUGCCGCGCGGCGAGAGCACGAGACUCUGAAGAAGAAGGUGCAGCCCAAGUUGUCUCUGUCCCUGACGGGCAGCCUGUCCCGCAGCAGCGUUUCCACUCCUCCCCGCCACACCAGUGGAAGCCUCACCCCUCCGGUCACCCCGCCCAUCACCCCUUCCUCUUCCUUCCGCAGCAGCACGCCCACAGGGAGUGAGUGUGAUGAAGAGGAGGUGGACUUCGAGGAGUCCGACAGUGAUGAGUCGUGGACCACAGAGAGCGCCAUCAGCUCCGAGUCCAUCCUCAGCUCCAUGUGCAUGAACGGAGGAGACGAGAAGCCCUUCGCUUGUCCCGUGCCAGGCUGUAAAAAGAGAUACAAGAAUGUGAACGGGAUCAAGUAUCACGCCAAGAACGGCCACCGAACCCAGAUUAGGGUGCGCAAACCCUUCAAGUGCCGGUGUGGGAAGAGCUACAAAACGUCUCAGGGUCUCCGCCACCACACCAUCAACUUCCACCCGCCCGUCUCUACUGACAUCAUCCGCAAGAUGCAGCAGUAGAUGGAGCAGAGCGCUCUCCCUCGGGGGGGGGGGGGGGGGCACUUCCCGACCAUCUGAACAGCAACAUCACCAGCAAUGGCUGUUUCUCAUUCCACCCCAUUCACCCCCCACACACCCUCUUUCUUAUCCCACUUUGCUACGACGCUAGAUUUGACUGCAUGGUAUAAAUGUAUUAUUAUUCACCCUUAACUUUUAUUCGGAAUGUUUUUUAUGUAGUUCACGUUUUUUGUGUUUUGCACAUUUAAGCAAUCAUUUAUCUAGUUGACUGUUUUUUUGGUUCAACAUACGGUGCUUGUUGAUGACGGCGGCUUGUUGUAGGCUAAAGAACGGCCGGAACACGUCACGAGUGGCCUUGCAUGUACAGUAAGCUGCUUGUUAAGGUAGUGUGACGUCAGAGGAAACAGGAAAGAUUUGAGUAUUUUCUUCUUUUUUUAUUUUAGAGAGAAAGGAGGCACUAUUCCCUUAUCUCUGUCUCAUUUGAACCCAAUUUGACAGAAUCCGAAUGUGUGUGUUCCAAAAAGUUUCACUCCCCAGCAGACUUAGUGUUAAUUAUCCGUUUUUGGACUUAGUUACUCUUCUGUUCAUAUCACAAGUUCCAAACUUCUGUUUUUACUGCAAACACUUGCGUGUGAGCACCAAAGGCUGAUCUCAGGUGACGUUUGCAAGCUUUUCAGCUCCACAACCCUGCCCAGAUGUUCUAAUAGUAUUUCUGCUGUCCAGUUGGACCAUGGGAGCUAGCAGUGUGUCACCGUUGCCUAACAGUGCCGUCUCUGGUGACUUUUGCAGUUUUCAUUGCUGUUUUACAGCGACGGAUUGAAGCACUUUUUAUAACAGGUUGCCAACAAAUCAGCAUUUCUUUUUUCCAGUAUCUCGUUUCUGGUGUAUGUGCUGUAGCUACCAAAACGAGGCGAAAAGGCCUUCAGAGCAGAAGUUUGCAAGUUCUACAUUUCUACAAGGGUUCAUGUAUACCAAACCUGCAGUGUUUCCAGUAUUGUCAGACUUCUGUAUGUACAGUAGUUGCCUUGAAAUGUAAAUCAUUCCAAUCAGUGCAGAUCUUUGUAUGGCUUUGUUUUGACUGUUGUGAAAACAAGUGCAGACAAGACACGGACAGCUGCUCAGCCCAAACGGUCUUAUGAAACUGUAUCAUGGAGUAAAGUUGGGGACGUGGCUAGUCGUGUAUUUAGCUAGUUUACGUUGGGCUGUGAGAAGAAAAAACCUGCAGUUUUCUAUUGUGUGCCAUAAAACACUCAGUUGAGAGUAUGUAUAACGGCAUUUUAGAACCGCAGCUCAUGAAAUGCAACAAGCUGGUUGAUUUAUCAACCGUAAGCCGUUGGGUGACACUGCAUGGAUGUUGGUGUUAGUGAGCAACGGUGCAUUCGAGAGAUGUGACAGUAUUGUACUGCCGGAAUGGAGGAAAGUCUUUGAUAUAGUGUACAGUGAAUGUAUUGUUACGUGUUAAGUGCAUUAAAUUAUAUUUUCAUAUUGUGUAUGAAAAAAGGCAACACCAGAGGUUGUUGGGAGAAAUAAUGUGCUGUAUUUCUUCAAAAAGCUGCUUCAUGUCAACUUUUGUUACAUUUAGAAUAAAAAUUCCUCUGAUGUGUGCCUUAA